AUGGGCCUGUUUUCGGUAGCGGGACAUCUUCUUUCUCUUGGAAAACUUCCUGGAAAUACCGCGGCAAAAUGGAGCAAAGAACUUGGCUCUAUUUUUCAAUUAAAAAUGGGUGUACAAACUUGGAUCAUGUUAUCCGAUCCUGUUCUUGCUCAAGAGAUCUUCAUGACUCAUGGUAUUGCGGCAUCUGAUCGACCUCCUCAUACAUUCCAUACUUAUUACAGUCUUGGUGGAAGAGGUGUUGCGUGCUCAAAUGCUGAUAAACGGUGGAAGCGAGCGAGAACUGCUGCUUAUCUUCAACUUGAUGGUCAGGUAGAUCCUGCUCCCUAUUUACAAAACGCUGCUAUGAAUUUUAUUUUGACAACCUGUUUUGCAACUCGUAUCGACUCUGUGGAGGAUCAGCAAUUUAAGGAUAUCAUGUCAUACAUACAUGCGGCAAUGAAAAUGGCUGGUGCUGAAGGGGAUCUUGGUCAAUUUGUGCCUAUUGUAUCUGCAAUGGAUGUACUUGUGGGCAAGAAACGAGAAUACAAUGAUUUUAUUACCAAUGUACGUAAUCCACUUUUUACUCGAUUGAUUGAUGAAGCUACUUCAAGUGACAAAGACUCAAUGGUCAAGACUUUCUUGGCUCUCAAAGAAGAACAAGGUUUGGAUGACAGUGAUAUCCUUGUGAUUUUAUCUGAUCUUCUUGGUGGUGGUACUGAUACUAGCUCCGUUUCAUUAUCUUGGAUGAUCGUCAUUUUAUCCCAUCAUCAUGAUGUUCAAAAGAAAAUACAAGCAGAACUCGAUGCCUUUAUUCAAACCCAUGGACGCCUCCCUACCUUUGAAGAACGAGAACAAAUCCCUUACACCAUUGCUGUACAAAAGGAAUGUCUGCGUUACAGAUCCACCACUCCUUUUGUGGUGGUUCGUGAUUAUUUUUUCCCCAAAGGCACUGUAUUGGUGAGCAACAUGAUUGGCAUGCAUAUGAAUCCUGACGUCUACCCUGAUCCAGAAACUUUCAAGCCUGAACGCUUUUUGAACAACACUCGAACAAUGUCAUCUUCGGCAAAUGGCAAUGUCAAUCAACGUGACCUUUUCAUCUUCGGCUGGGGAAGACGUAUUUGCCCUGGUAUUUAUUUGGCAGAGGUAGAGAUGUUCCAUAUCUUCGUUCGGAUCUUCGCAAACGCAAGUAUUGCACCUCCUUUGGAUGGUGAUGGUAAAGAAGUACCUAUUGAUAUGGAUGCUGCUUUGGAUGCUGGUCUUGUGACUUUACCCCAACCUUAUCAAGUUAGAUUUAUUCCUCGUGUUGAUUCCCCUUUGAAAUAGAGUCUUAUUAUUCAAUUCAUAUAUGAAAUAAAAAAUCGAUCCUUUUUAUUACCCUAUAUUA